GCAUAAUUAUUCUUAGGCCCUAACUCAGGCACUUAGCCAUAGCCAUAGCAGUCGUUGCUGCUGGUUAGGGUCAUCGAAACCUUUUUGCACUGCCGCUGUGACGUCGCCGUCUUGCUUAGACGUUCAGUGACUCGUAAUAUUGACAGUGGGACCUCUGAUUCACUCAAGCGAGCAAAGAUGAAGGCUAAGACUCAUUUUUUCAAGAACCUGGACCUGACGUCCAUUCUGGUGCCAGAGGAGGAUGGAGCAUUUACAGGCACGAAGGUGGUGUGUACGGUGGGCCCCAGCUGUCAGGAGGUGGACACGAUGUGCGAGAUGCUGGACGCGGGCGUGGUGGGCUGCCGCGUGGACCUGACGUGGGGCCCGCUGGAGUUCCACCGCAAGUCGCUUGCCAAUCUGCAGCAGGCCAUGCGCAAGAGCCGCCGCCUGUGUUGCACCAUGGUGGACACGCUGGGCCGCGAGCUCAUGAUCCGCCGCCAGGUGAAGAUUGGCGAGGACGGCUGGCCCAUCCACGAGGAGUCCUUCGCCGUCACGGCUGGACAGCAGGUGAUCAUCACCACGCGCACGGACGUGGACGCCAGCAGCAACGUGCUGCCCAUCACUUACAGCAAGUUCACGGAGAUGGCGGUCAAGGGCGACACCAUCUACAUCGGCCGCUACCUGGUGUGCGGCGCAGACAGCGCCUCGCUGUACCUGGAGGUCAUGGACGUGCAGGGCGACGACGUGUACUGCAUCGCCAAGAACGACGCGGUGCUGGACGGCCUGCUGACGGUGUUCCACGCGGAGCGCUCCGUGGAGGGGCUGGCCAACGUGCAGAACGACCUGCCGCUGCUGUCCGACUACGACAAGGAGUGCCUGCACAUCCUGGCGCAGGACUUCGAGAUCGACUUCCUGUCGCUGUCGUACACCCGCGCGGCGGAGGACGUGCGAGAGGCGCGCCGCUUCCUGGACUCCAUCGGCAUGUCCAACACCAAGAUCCUGGCCAAGCUGGAGAGCCGCCAGUCGCUGCUCAACUUCCAGGGCAUCCUGAACGAGGCGGACGGCAUCAUCAUCAGCCGCGGCAACCUGGGCCUGGACUGCGUGCCCGAGAAGAUGGCGCUGGUGCAGAAGACCCUGGUGCAGGCCUGCAACCUGGUGGGCAAGCCCGUGCUGCUGACGCGCGUGGUGGACACCAUGAUCAACACGCCGCGCCCCACGCGCGCCGAGGCCACGGACGUGGCCAACGCCGUGCUGGACGGCGUCGACGGCAUCCUGCUGGGCGCGGAGACGCUGCGCGGGCGCUACCCGGUGUCCACCGUGACCACCAUCUGCAACAUCAGCCGCGCCGCGGAGAAGGUGUUUGACCACCACUACCACUACGAGCACCUCAUGGAGGUGGCCAUUGACGUGGGCGAGAUGACCGGCGCGGACGGCAACACCGUGCCCGGCGAGAGCGAGGAAGAAAACGCCACGCCCGGCGGCGCCACCGACACCGAGGGACCGGCGCCCGCCAACGGCAACAAGGCGGCCGCCCCGCCGCUCCACCAAGCUCGCGGCCCGCUGGCCGGCGUGCGCCGCGACGACAGCUGGAACAGCGUCACCAGCGCGGGCGCGCACCACCCGCUGCCCAGCCUGGGCGUGGCCGCCAAGACCAUGGCGCGCUUCUCGCAGGUGGCCUCCGCCGGCUCCCUGGCGGGCCUGGGCCUGGGCCGCAGCGCCGCCGCUACCAGCGCCUACCAGCGCGCGCCCUACAUCUCCAAGCUGGAGUCCAUCGCCUCCUCCGCCGUGCGCGCCGCCGACCGCGUGGGCGCCAGCCUGAUUGUGGUGUACACGCACACCGGCAAGACGGCGCAGCUGGUGGCCAAGUACCGGCCGCCCAUGCCCAUCCUGACGCUGGUGGUGCCGCACCUGGUGUCUGACCAGCUCAAGUGGAAGCUGGAGGGCAGGUCCAGCGCGCGCCAGUGCCUCAUCAGUCGCGCGCUGCUGCCGGUGCUGGCCGCGCCCUCGCCCAGCGGCGACCAGCUGCUGCAGGAGGCGGUGGCCAUGGCGGGCCGCGUCAAGCUGGUCAAGCCGCACGACCACGUGGUGUGCGUGCAGCGCAUCCACGACGACUUCUGCGUCAAGAUCAUCUCCGUGGACGACAUGGGCGCGGGCAUCAAGCGCGACGACACGGUCAUGUCGCACAGCGUGUUUGGCAGCAGCCCCAUGGCCGUGCAGGGCUCGUCCGGCUACGACUCGCCGCGCGUGCACAACAACCCCAUCGGCAACAAGUUCGGCCCCAUGCCGCCCGCCAUCAUCACCACCGGCAAUAGCUUCACCCUGGGCGGCAUGGGCGUGGGCGUGCUGUCGCCGGCUGGCCUGGCGGCGGCCAGGGGCAGCAACGGCGGGCGGCAGUAAGAGGCGACUGCGGUUGGGGCUCGCUGACUGCGCGGUGGGGUGCUGAGGGCGCGAUGGGGCGCUGGUGGUGGUGGCUGAUACUGAGGGACGGUCAAAGCGGCCGAGCACCGGGGGGCGUAGUCUUAGCACGGCUUGAAUAGGUUUCAGGCAGGCAGGCACUGAGCAGGUGGGUGACGCGCAACUGGGGUGGGGCGGCGACAGCAAAGGAACAUGCAAAUGUCCAGUUGUCGACUUGGCCGGUGAUAUUGUGGAGCUCACUGUGGUAGUAGGAAAGGAUGUGACCGUGGGACGGCGUGUGUGCGGGAGGCGGCUGUGAGCGUGACGGCGGGCAUUAGUUUCCCGGUCAAAUGCAUUGGCACAGCCAUGCCGGGCAGUGGCAUUCAAUCCAUAUCCCACUCGUGUGUAGCCUUGGACGGAGGCGCGCUGCCUCUGGCACGUGUCAGCUUUUUGCUUGCUCUUGCGUCGCAUGGCGGCCAUUCAAUAGUAUCCUAUUGUUUUCGGAUACCUAAAUUCGACAUUCGGGCUUCAUGCAGUGUGAGCUGCACCAGGCUGCACCAAGGCAUUGCCGUGUUGAGGCGCUAGUGCUAGGGAACCUGGCGUUACCUGACUUACGGGGAUGGUAAAGUUGUUUGUUGGGGGUGACAUGCGUGGUUUGGGAGGACAUAACAUGGUAUGUGGACGGAGGGGUGGUGCCGACAGGACACCACCGGCAUUGGAGUUCGGAGAAACGGUCACAGAGGUAACUAAGUGGAUGCCAUGCUGCCUCCCUUUCUUCAUGCACCUCAGCAUUCACGGCAAAUUAAUCUGCAUCCAGUCCUGUCAGACCGAGCAGAACGGGGGCGUGCAUGCGGCCUAGGUCGGGCUGUAACCGUGCUGAUGCGGCCGGAACACUUUGUACAGUGAAGCGGACGCCGGAUGAGCUGCACGUGAGCCAACUUUGUCAAAUGUUAGAUUCUGGGGUCUGGGCUCUGAGCGAGUAAUCCAAUAGCUGGGGAGGGGCGCAGGUACCAGAUUGCUCCCUGGUGCAGCACCUAUGGCUGAGGCCCGCGCGCUGCCACGAUUCGCUUGGCCACAGGCGCUGGGUGUCUGUCGACU